AUGGCUACUCCAGCUGAAGCAGAAGCCACUCCGAAAUUCAAACCCUUUACAAAGGCGGAGCGCAUUCAGCAGCUCAAUGACACAGACAAGAGCGUACAUCUUGUCCUGAAAUCUGCCGGGCUGGCACUCAAAACCCUCUCCGCCACCCAACACAUCCAAGAAGAAACCACCGACGAGCGCAAGGCUGGCUUUGAAGCAGCCUCUGAUUCUCUCAUUUCGCACCUCGUAAAGGUUGACAUCGGGCUGCGUAGAAACGUAUGGGGACUCGAGGAAGCAAGCAUCAUCGCUCCUGAGAAAGUCAAGAAAGCCACGGCGCAGACAGGCAAUGGUCUUCUAGGGAGGUCGAAGCAGGAGGCCGAAGCGGCUGACGUAAGCAGUAUGGGCAAGCUGGAUAUUGGGUGGUUGAACAGCAGGAGUGGACGUGUUGGGAGAGAUAUGGAGGCUGAGUUGUGGGAGAAUUCUAGGAAGUUCUUGGAGGAGCAGAGGGCCGCUGUGAAAGGUGAUGCAGGGACCAACAGUGAUGCUAAGCCAGUGUAA